AUGCGGAAAUUUGUCGUGAUUGGCCGGAAUAAGGAGAAGCUGAAGAAUGUCCAAGACUUUUUAGAACUCACCCACAAAUGUCGCGUCAAAACGAUCCUGUUCGACUUUGAGACAGGUGACUACGAGAAGCUCCGCCACGAAAUUGACACUCUGGAUAUUGGCUUUGUCGUAAACAGUGUCGGUGUCGGCCGAGAAAAUCUCGAGCGUUAUGGUGACAACCCGAAGGCGGAUCGACAGAUUUUGCGUGUCAAUGGCCUUGGAAGUGCUGAGUUCCUCUCCCUCGUCCUCCCGACGAUGGAACGACAUGGCGGUGGACAAAUCGUCGUCUUGUCGUCCAGCCAAGGCUACCACCCGAUUCCACUACUCGCGGCCUACUGUGCUUCAAAGGCAGUAAUGUCCUUCCUUUCGGAGUGCAUCGACCGCGAGUACAAGACGAUUUCCGUGCAAUACCUGACGCCGGCCUUGGUGGCCACAAAAAUGGUCUACUACUCGAAAGGCGGCCUCUUUGUCGUGCUCCCCGAAAAAUUCGCGCAUCAAGCCGUGAACACCGUCGGGCUCGUCAAGGUGACGUCCGGAUGUUUCAAUCAUGAGAUCCAGAUGCUAAUCCGGCACAUCUUCCCCUGGAGCAUCCUCAAAUACCUCAUCAUGCCCGUGUACUAUUACCAUCGCCAUAGGAUGACCCGCUACCACGCCGAGCAGAAAUUCAAAGAAUCGUACACGAAACCGCCACUCCUCAAUUCGCAAGCAGCAGCAGCCCAACGUGGAAGUGCA